CAACGCCGUACAUGCUGAUCUAUGUCUGCCGACAGCUCCAAAAGUCAAAAUGCCUCCUCGAAAAACUAUCAGCGCCCCGGCAAACCGUGUCUACAAAUCCUCGGUACCUCUCAAACAGAUCAAAUUCCCCGAACCAAAGAAGCGCAUCACAUAUGGGAAGAAGGCAUCCAAACGAAUUUCAGAACCGGCGCAAGACACACUCACGCAGAUGGAUUUCGUGAAACUCAAUCAGUCAUUUGAGGACGACGAUGAGGAUUUGGAUAGCUAUGAAGAGGAGGCGGAGAAACGAAAGAAGAAACGCAGAAAGACAGAGGGAGAUCAGCCCUCCUCGGAUUCAAAGUACCAUACGCAGACUUUGACUCAGUUCGUCCGGAGUUUCACAGAAACAGAAGAGGAGGAGGAUGAUGAUGUCUUUGACGUUCCUAGCUCCCCACGAUCCUUGGGGCUUCGGCGCAAAAACGUCCCUAUAGCUCCCGAGCCAGCCAAAUCCACAGUACGAAGUCCUUCAAGAAGGAAGAGCGCCCCGGGGAAUAUGGGACCCCCACAGACACCACAUCGAAAGCUUGCCCAGGAGAUUCCAUCAUCUCAGUCUCCAGUAACACCGUCGUCAUUGCACUCUCGAACCUCCCCACUCAGACGUUCGCCAUUGAAAGAAAAGUCAACAAAUAUUCCCAUUCAUUUCUCUCCUACUCCAAAAGCCCCGCCAACUUCUUCUAAACUUCCCAAGCUUAUAAUCGAGGAUACCUUUGAUACAGCAACAGAAAGUCAGCUAAGCCGUAUCCCGACGACUCCUUCCAAAAGGUCAAGCCCUCCAAAAACGGUCAGGUUUGAUGUACCAGAUGCCAGGUUUGAUGUACCAGAUGCCAGUGUUGAGGGUGUAGCUGCUUCGCCAACCUUGAGGAAACCUUCACAAAAUACGUCAUCUCAAAGGCCUUCUAGUCAAGCAAAUUCGAAAUUUGAAAUUCUAGAUUCAGACGCCGAGAGUGAGGUAGAAGAACUAGAGGAUGGAUACCUCCCAGGCGCGGAUCAAGGCGAAGACGAAGAACCCGAGUCAUACUACGGUCACAUAGGUGUUGAAACGCAGUUAGAGGCAGAAAAGCUUCUUGAUUCCGCUCAUACUGAGGAAUCUCAGGUAAUAGAUGAUGAGCCAAUAAGGGAAGAGUUAGGAGAAUCUCAACCCAUGGAAAGCCAACGCCUUUCAACUCAACAUGUGAAUUCUAUGGCGCCCCGAACAGCGGAAUCUGACGUCUUCAUCUCUAUCCAUCCUCAGAAUAUCACAAAAAUAUUGAAUCGAACGAAAGAUCACGAGUUCCGCAAGUGGCGUCUGCCACCCAGUGUUUCUCGAAUGUGGAUAUACGAGACUGCGCCAACAUCUACGUUAAAAUACAUGGCAGUAAUAAGCCGAGAAAAACGCCCGAAGGAGAUUCUAAAUGAGAGUGGAAUAGGAAACGCAGAUUUCAAUGCCAAGCCUAGUGACAGUUCGAAUUAUGCGUACGAGAUCCUGGAGCUUUACCAACUUGCAGAUCCUCUUUCAUGGGCCCAAAUCCACGCCAACGGGUGGCUUAAAGUACCGCCAACGAAAUGGUCUUGGGUAAGACCGGCGGUGCUUGAUCGUCUGGUGGCCAACCUGUUGCCACCGCUGUUCACUCAGCCUUCAAUAGCUCAAGUUAUCCCGCCCUCCUCAUCUACGGACACACAAGAGGCCGAGGCACAACUACUUAGCGAUAUAUUGCAAUUCACACAACCGGCGACCAGUUCUGGAACUCGUUCGACUCAGGCCGUCAACGAAAAGGACACUUCCUAUGAGGAGUCCCUUCCUGCGACCCGGCCAGAAACCCCUCGGAUUGUUCGCUCGUCACAAGCAUCGACUGUAGAUCUCACCCAAUCCCAAACACCGAAGAAACAGAACCUGCCUGAUGUCAUAUGGGAAUCGCCCACACGGCCAGUCCCUUCGAGUACGCCGCUUGAAUUACCUACUCCCCGCCCUCAAGAAUAUCAGGACUCAGACACUCCUAUACCGUUCUCACUGCAUUCUUCGCAGCUACUGACUAAAAGUCAGAUGCUGCCAGAGAGUCUGAUAACCGACAGUGUACCCAGACCUCCUCUAUUCAUACAGGAUUCCGAUGCGGAGGAUUGAAUACUACGGCCUGAAUAGCUCAGCUGGUCGGAAGCUUUAAUUUCUCUUUCGAGCACCCUAUCUAUACAUCACCUCGGAAUCCAAGGUUCAUUAAGGAUCCGGAACGUUAUCAUAGUAUAUUAUAUGGCUGCUCGAUGGAUACAUAUCAGAGGAACCCGGCGUGACCAAUGUGUGUGUAUAUUUCCAGUGUUGAAUUGUUCAUACGUGGAAGAGGCUGAGGAAGUGCAAGGCAUGCCGAACCCCAAGAUAUGCCUUGGAAGACGCAUGACUGGCCAAUUCCUGAGUACAUCGAACAAUUGCCACAGACUUUACUAUCCUUCUGAAUGCUGGCUUCACACUUUCAGC